GGAACCCUAUUUAUUCAGCCUUAGCCUUACCUACCAAGCAAAGCAAAAUUCAACGAGGAAUCGCUUCGUGAAUUCAGUGAAGCGCGUGCGAAUCAAGCGAUCUCUGGAAGAGGAGAAGUAAUCGGAAGUUGCUGCGAGGUUUUGGAAGUGAAAAUUGCCGAACCGGAGACUCAUGGCGUUGCAAUGGAUGAUACUGGCGUACGUGGUGGCAGCGGAGGCGGCGGUCGCGAUUGCUCUGACUUUGCCGUCGCCGAAAGCGGUGAAAUCUAGCAUCGUGUCGCUCGUUUCGCUCGUUCUGCAGCCGUCGCUGUUUGUUGUACCUUUCUCGGCAUUUCAGCUCCUAGAUAUAUAUUGGAAGAAUGAGCAUCGGCUGAUGUGUACCGGGGAGAUCUGUACUGCUGCGGAAAGGGAUCGAUAUGAGAAAUCGAUCUACAAGGCUCAGAGGAACGUCGUCUUGUGCACUGCUGCGUGUCUUCUUUAUUGGUGCAUUUACCGCAUCUGUAAGUACCACAGGGAGAUUCAGCGCAUGGAGGAACUCGAGAAGAGGUACAAGGAUGAGUAGAGCUUCUCCUCUUCGGAAAACCAACUAUAUAGGCGGUGACAAGAGUGUUGUUUCUUCUUGUAUUCUAUGUACCUCUACUUUCAAUCUUCUUCCCAUCAAUAUGAUCACAUAUAUAUAUAUACAUAUAGACACUUAACGCCA